GCAUUUCCGGUACCAGGGGAGAUAAUUUUGUUUUCAAAACAUGGCGGAUGACACUACCGUUGACGUGGAUCUGAAUGAUGACGACAAGCAGAGUCUUCAAUUUCAUGAUGGUGGCUAUCCAAGCACAAAGGAGGACAAGAAGAAAGUCCAGACCCACAUGUUUACCAAUUUCCCUCACACAGCUGCAUCUGAUGAGGACGAAGAAAACAUACUGGACAAAUCUGAACUUUUAAAAGAUGACAAGCCACCGCCAUCAUUCUGGACAUUCCAGUACUACCAACAGUUUUUUGAUGUGGAGACAUAUCAGGUGAUGAAUAGAAUCCUUGGAUCAAUGGUUCCACGGCCUGGUAGAAACUACCUGAAGACCCACAUACAACCUAACCCUGAUUUAUAUGGUCCAUUUUGGAUAUGUACAACAUUGAUUUUCACAACUGCAAUUGCUGGGAACCUGGCAAACUAUUUACAGUCUGGAGGAAAGGAUUAUGAAUGGCGAUAUGAUUUCCAUAAAGUAACAUUUGCAGCAGCAGCCAUCUUUAGUUACUGGUGGUUAGUGCCGACAGGCCUGUUUACAUUCCUGUGGUGGCGUGGAAUAAGUGCUGGCUACUCUUUCCUGGAUCUCCUGUCUGUGUAUGGAUACUCACUAGCAAUAUAUAUCCCUAUAUCUAUCCUAUGGGUUGUUCAGGUAGAUUGGCUACAAUGGAUCCUUGUAUUAGUGGGAGCAGCAUUGUCUGGUACUGUCCUCACGCUGAUAUUCUGGCCAGUUUUCAGAGAUGGCAAUAAACGAACUGCAUGGGCAGUUGUCAUAAUUAUUUUCCUUCUUCACGCCAGUCUGGCUGUGGGAUUUAAGUUGUACUUUUUCAAUGCCCAAGCUGGUUCUGUAGCUGCUGCAUCGACUCCAGCUUCAGUGAUCCCAACAACAGCAACAUUAAAGUCCCACAUCAAAGCUUCACAUCAAAGUGGUAAGGCAUUAGGAGCUGACACCUUUCCAGCAGGACUUUCACAGGGCAAAGUUCCACAGGCCAAACCUCCAGAUGUGCCUAAGAAUAUAAACAUUGCUAAAAAACCAAACAAGGAAACUCCUUUGGUGCCAAAAAACACUGCCAGCAUUCCUGUAAAGACUGAAUCUAAAGCCACAGGUUUAAGUAAAAACAGUUUAUCUCCAACUAAAUCUCUUGACAAACAACCAUGAACUAGAGGGUAGUAUUUUCACAUUUUUUUUCCACAUGUGAGAGUUCUAAUAUUAUAUCUGCUAAUAGAAACUUUGUGUGUAUAAGGGUGUGUGUGUGUGUGUUUUCUUUUUAUAGAAUAUAGAUUGAUCAUUGUAAGUAAAUAUUUAAGAGGGUUUUCUCUAAGAUUUGGUAUAUUUACAGUGAAUGCCACUACUUCACAUCAGAUGAGAUCUACCUUUAACUGAUUCAGUCAUCUGACCAUAAGUGUGCGCAUCUACCGUGCAUGUGUUUUUUUCAAAUUUCUUCUCAAGUUCCACCAGCUCUAACUUUCCUGAAAUGAUCCGGAGAUAGUCCUUUACUUGCUACAGAGUAUGUAUUCUAUAACAAUACAAGGGUCAUUAGAGUCAGGUGUCGUCAUAGGUAUUUGAACUUUCCUUAAGAGGAAAGUUAUUGUGCUGUGACUAUUAAAAUGUAAAUAGUGUAUAAUAUUUCAUAGCUGUCUACAGCUUCUCGGAUCUGUACAUAAGCUUGAAUACAUACUAUGGACACUUUGACUACUGGUAAUGUAAAUGUUAACACAUGUUUUAUUACAGACCAUAUUAACAUCACAAGUAAGCAUCACAAGUCUAUACAUAGUUACUGAUUACAUGAAAAAUGUGAAUUCUUUAAAUGUUAAUAUUAUAUGUGUAAUAUAUAUAUGAGAUUUCGGGAC